CUCCCUCCCCGGUCCCGCCUCCCGGAGCAUGACACGCCGCUCCGAUGGCGAAGCCCCUUUUUAAUUGAGGCUGUCAGGCAGCGGAGCCAGCCCGCGAGGAUAGGAAGCGAAUCGACCGCGGCGGUAGCGUCUUUCAGGCUGGAGCGAUAGCGGCCACGCUGCCAGAGGGAGAGGGCAGCCCAGCAAUCCGCAGCAAGCGUCUACCUCCCCGGGCAGGAGCCAGGCGAUCCCCCUCCCGCCGCUUCUGCAAGUGGAAGGCGGCAUCUCAGCUUGAGCGGGCUCCCCCGGAGGGAGGAGAGCGGGUCUGGCAGCCCUGGGAUCGCUCUCGCCUCCCCUGCCUGCCCCUCUGGCGCCCGCUGCCUGCGGCUCGGUGGUGCACUGGGAGUGGACCGGGGGAGGGAAGGGGGCCUUUCCCUUGCGGCAGCGGCGGCCCGUGUGCUCCAUUCCUCGGACCUGGGGGGCGCCCCCAGUCCUCCGAGCCUCAUGAAAAAUCACCUGUGGGGCAGCUCCCCCCGGGCUCCCAUGGCGGCAGCGGUGCCGUGGAAGAGCGUGGAGUGGCUGCAGGAGGAGCUGGAGUCCGGCGGGGGGAACUCGCUGCUGCUGCUCGACUGCCGUCCCCACGAGCUCUUCGAGUCCUCACACAUCGAGACGGCCAUCAACCUGGCCAUCCCGGGCCUCAUGCUGCGCCGCCUCAAGAAGGGCAACCUGCCCAUCCGCUCCAUCAUCCCCAACCACGAGGACAAGGAGCGCUUCGCCAAGCGCUGCAAGGCGGACACCGUGCUGCUGUAUGACGAGGCCACAGCCGAGUGGCAGCAGGACAACGGCGCCCCCAGCUCCGUCCUGGGGCUGCUGCUACAGAAGCUGCGGGACGAUGGGUGCAAGGCGUAUUACCUGAAAGGUGGCUUUAACAAAUUUCAGACCGAAUACUCUGAGCAUUGUGAGACCAACCUUGACAGCUCCUCACCCAGCAACUCUCCUCCUGCAUCUGUCCUUGGCCUUGGAGGACUAAGGAUCAGCUCCGAUUGCUCUGACGGCGAGUCUGACAGGGAGCCAAGCAGCGCCACAGAGUCGGAUGGGAGCCCAAUCCCUAACAACCAGCCUGCCUUCCCUGUCCAGAUCCUACCCUACCUGUAUCUGGGUUGUGCCAAAGAUUCUACCAACUUGGAUGUCUUGGGCAAAUACGGCAUCAAGUACAUCCUGAAUGUGACUCCCAACCUGCCAAACAUGUUCGAGCACAACGGAGAGUUUAAAUACAAACAGAUUCCCAUCUCGGAUCACUGGAGCCAGAAUCUCUCUCAGUUCUUUCCUGAGGCCAUCGCUUUCAUUGAUGAGGCCCGUACCAAGAAAUGUGGUAUCCUGGUUCACUGCCUAGCCGGCAUCAGCAGGUCUGUAACGGUAACCGUUGCCUACUUGAUGCAAAAAAUGAACUUGUCCCUGAAUGACGCCUAUGACUUUGUGAAAAGGAAAAAGUCAAAUAUCUCCCCGAACUUUAAUUUCAUGGGCCAGCUCCUGGACUUUGAGAGGACUCUGGGGCUCAACAGCCCAUGCGACAACCGCUCCCCCAGCGAGCAACUGUACUUCACCACACCCACCAAUCACAACCUGUUCCAGCUGAACACCUUGGAGUCCACAUGAAGGGGAUGUUGUUUGGUUGGGAACUCGAGCCUUGAAUAGCUUCUCUUGAGCAUUUCAAAUAUUAAAAAAGUAUGUAUCUUGCCAGGCAGCCUUGAAAGAACUAGUUUCUCCAAGUAGAGGUGUCUGAUCGCUGCUUUAAAAAGGCUAAGGCCAUUUAUUAGUAUCCUGAUGCUAAUCAAAGUGGAUCAAAGAGUAGUCUCUUUACAGGGGUUAUUUAAUAUGGGGGAUCUCGUGGCGUUCUGAGCGCAGCUGUUACCGGCAAUAACUGCUUUCCUGGGUGUGUUGAGACUGGUGAACCGCACACACUCACACAAACAUACACAAAGUUACCUACGUGGUAGGUUGUUGUGGAAAGUAGAGGAGACUUACGCACUUGGCGACCUUGAACAAAAGAUGUUGGCCCAAGACUAUUUUAAAACCCAUGUUUACUUUUUUUUUUAAAAAGGUAAUCUUACUCUCUGAGUCUUGGGCUCCAACUUGUUUUAAAUAUGUAAGUUCCUGGCUGUUUGUACAGACGAGGUUGCAAAACCAGUAUUUUACUCUGUUCUUGUUUGAUAUAUAUUUUUUUUUAAUCAAAUGUUUAUAUUGACCAAAUGCAUUUUGCACACUUUGUGAAGCCUUGAGACGUCCUGGCAUAUUACUGGGUACACCCCAAGAGAGACACAUGCUGCUGUUGUUGCUAGCAUCUGGUAGGAAGCUUUGUUAUUUGUGAAGGCCAAUUGGUCUUAACCUCUCUGCCACUUCCACACUCACAAUCACAAAUUCUGCACUGAAUCAACCAAGGUGACUAAGCUGCAAGCUUUUUUUAAAUACCACCCCCGCUCCCCCACCACCAAAAAACGCUGUCUGCUGUUGCCAGAGGUAAACCUGGUGUGUCCUCCAGAGUUGGUAGAAGCAUAUGAGGCUAGCACUCGUUCUCUGCUGUCGGUCGAACGAUGAUUGGUGUCACCCAGCUGGCCUGAAAUCCUUCCAGCUUCUGAAGUAAAGAAAGUACUUGUGAUGUUGGCACUUAUCUGGCACACUUAAUUCUUUUAUGUGUGCAGGGGUGGGAAUCGAGUGCUACUGGUACUCCAAAAGACUAGAGCAGAGCAAAGUUUUUGCAGCAUGACACUGCUGUGGAGUCAUGCGCAAACCAUGGAAGGGGAGUGGAAAUGUGUGAAAUAAUGACCAGAACGUUGUAAAAACUGGCAAAUUCCGAGACUCUCAGAGCAUUCAACGGAGUUCUGAUGGGUUUCCUUUUUUGAGUAACUUGUUGCCGUGCCUUCUAGAACAAGAAGACUUGUUAAUGUUUCUGGCUAACAUUUGGCAAAGGUCUCGUAUGCUGAAGAAGUGGUACUAACGUCUGGGAGGAGGGCAGAAUGGAUCUGGAGGUUUCUUUUAUUGGCUGCAAUGUAGUCCUUCCUUUCUCCCCACCUCCUUAUCCACUGGAACUCUCAUGUAACUAACACAAAACAAAAAAGAGAAAGCCACGGAAUUUUUUUCUAAUAUCCAGGUUUUUGUAUUUUCUUUUUCCAAAAAAAAAAGAAGAAAAAAAAACCCUCCAUACGGAGGAAUAUUCGACGCUGUCACAUCAUGACUUUUUUUUGUUUAAAGAUGUUACCAGAAUGUUGGAGUGUUUUUGUUUUUUUGUUUGGUUGUCUUCUGUUUGUUUUGUUUUGUAACAAUGUUGGGAUUGUGGGUCAUCAGGGAAGGGAGAAUGGACAUAAGUAUGGCUGAGAGUGAGCGAGCAAAUUGAAAAUAUCCUAAUUGCAUUUUACCUCAUGGAGGUAACUUUUUUUUUUUUUUUUUUUUUUUUUUGGUCAGGGAUUUUUAGACAGUGCAUCUGUAUUGCAUUACAGCUAAGCUGGCUUAUAAAGGCUUCCUGUGCUGUAAGUGAUCUGUCUUCUUUAAAGGAAAAAGAUACAUCCUCUGAUUAAUACAAAUGAGAGAGCUUGUUAGCGAGGGAUGGUUUUUGCUUUCUGAGUUAUGAAGGUAAAUUAAUGACCCUAUAUAUAUACUGAACCAAUAUUGGGACUUUUGUUUAUAUUGCAAAUAAAUAUUAUUUUUCUUUAAAAA